CUCUCUUCUUCAGAUUUUCAGUUUCUAGUCCAUUUCAUUUGUCCCCAUUUUUACAUUACAUUUCUACAGCGUUGGUGAACCUCCUUUCUUCCUUUAUUCCUUCCGUUAUAUUUAGAGUUAUUAUAUCAGAGACAAAAUCUCCUACACUCUUACUCUUUUUGGAGCCACCCAUCCCAUAAAACCAGACUCUAUAGGAGCAUGAGAAAAAUUAUCAUGGCUCCACUGAGACAUGUCCCAGUGCUGAUACUGCUGCUGGCUUUUCUGAUCAGCUCUUCGAACGCUUAUCAAUUCGACGUCGGUGGCACAGAUGGUUGGAUUCUUAAUCCUCUUGAAAAUUACGACCAUUGGGCUCAGCGUUUGAGAUUUCAAGUGAAUGACACUCUUUUGUUCAAGUAUAAGAAAGGAUCAGAUUCAGUAUUGGAGGUAAAUAAGGAUGACUAUGACAAGUGCAACACAGAAAAUCCGAUUAAGAAAAUGGAAGAUGGCAACUCUGUUUUCAAGUUUGAUCGCUCUGGUCCAUUCUAUUUUAUUACUGGCAAAAAGGAUAAGUGUAAAGAAGGACAAAGGUUGAUUAUAGUUGUUCUAGCAGUUAGACCGCCGCCUCCUUCUCCUCCUGCUACUCCGGCUCCAUCCGCUCACACUCCAACGACGGCUACUCCACCUAAAGGAUCAUCAACACACAUUUCACAGUCGCCUAAAGGGAAUCCGGAUUCUCAUUCUCCUGUAGGUAAAACUCCGGUAGCAUCGCCGACACCUGCUGGUUCCCACUCAUCUCCGACGGCUCAUGCACCUGGAAAAGCUCCUACAUCAGGUGCGACUCCGCGUCAUGGUCCACAAUCAUCUCCAACGGCAUAUGCACCUCUAGUAGGGGUGCCGCCUGCACAUGAUGGUUCCCACUCAUCUCCGACGACCCAUGGACCCAAAAAGGCUCCAACGCCAGCAUCAUCGGAUGAACCAGUUGUGGCUCCAACAUUGGCGUCACCUGCUCCAGGGAAGGCCCCAACACCGGGAUCGUCGCAUGGACUUCCAAGUACCGGUUCACACCAAUCUCCAACAGUCCAGGCUCCCCAAAAGGCUCCAACACCAGCAUUGUCGCAUGUGCCUUCUGAUUCACAUUUAGCUCCGACUAAUCAUGCACCUAGAAAAGCUCCAACUAGCGCGUCACUUGCCCCUGCUGGGUCCCACUUGUCUCCGACAGCACAUGCAACGGGAAAAGCUCCAACACCUGCAUUGUCGCAUGUGUCUCCAAGUCCAGGUGCACGCCUAUCUCCUACGGCUCAUGCACCUGGAAAGGCUCCAAUUGGGGCUUCACUUGCGCCUGUUGGUUCCCACCUAUCUCCAAUUGCCCAUGCACCCGUAAAGGUGCCUACACCAGCAUCAUCGAAUGUGCCUCGAGGUACUAGUUCCAACCCACCUUCUCCAAGUCCAGGUACACACUUAUCUCCUGCGGCUCAUGCACCUGUGAAGGCUCCAACAGGGGGGUCACCUGCGCCUGCUGGUUCUCACUCAUCUCCAAUUGUCCAUGCACCAGGAAAGGCGCCAACAGCGGCAUCAUCGAUUGUGCCUCCAGGAAAGGCUCCAUCCGAGGCGUCGCACGCACCCGCUAGUUCCCACUCAUCUCCAUCUGCCCAUGCACCUGGAAAGGCUCCAUAUGAGGCGUCACACGCGCCUGCUAGUUCCCACUCAUCUCCAACUGCGCAUGCACCUGGAGAGGCUCCAUCCGAGGCGUCAUACUCACCUGCUAGUUCCGACUCAUCUCCAACUGCCCAUGCACCUGGAAAGGCUCCAUCCGAGGCGACAUACGCGCCUGCUAGUUCCCACUCAUCUCAAACUGUCCAUGCACCUGGAAAGGCUCCAUCUGAGGCGUCACACGCGCCUGCUAGUUCCCACUCAUCUCCAACUGUCCAUGCACCUGGAAAGGCUCCAUCCGAGGCGUCACAUGCGCCUGCUAGUUCCCAUUCAUCUCCAACUGCCCAUGCACCUGGAAACGCUCCAUCCGAGGCGUCACACGCGCCUGCUAGUUCCCACUCAUCUCCGAUUGUCCAUUCACCUGGAAAGGCUCCAUCCGAGGCGUCAAACGCACCUGCUAGUUCCCACUCAUCUCCAACUGUCCAUGCACCUGGAAAGGCUCCAUCUGAGGCAUCACACGCGCCUGCUAGUUCUCAUUCAUCUCCAACUGCCCAUGCACCUGGAAAGGCUCCAUCCGAGGUGUCACACGCGCCUGCUAGUUCCCAUUCAUCUCCAACUGCCUAUGCACCUGGAAAGGCUUCAUCCGAGGCGUCAGACGCGCCUGCUAGUUCCCACUCAUCUCCGAUUACCCAUUCACCUGGAAAGGCUCCAUCCGAGGCGUCACACGCGCACGCGCCUGCUAGUUCCCACUCAUCUCCGAUUGCCCAUUCACCUGGAAAGGCUCCAACACCUGCAUCGUCACACGUGCCCCCUAGUCCUCUCUCACACCUAACCCCGAAUAAGCAUGCACCCGGAACGGCUCCAACGCCCACAACUUCAAAGAUAUCCCCUGUUUCAGGUCCACACCUAUCUCCCGCGGCUCAUGCUCCUGGAAACUCUCCAAAAACAUCAAGCGCUCCGGCAUCACAUGCACCGUCAGCUCACAGUCCAGCACCUACUAAAUCUUCAAAGAGUCAUUCUGCAUCUCCAGCACCCACAAACACAUCCCAAGUGCCUUCUCUGUCACCAGCAGAGGGGCAAACAUCCAAUGCAUCUUCUCCAACUUCAUCUCCCAUGUCAUCAAGCCCGCCAACAAGAAGUAUUGCUCCGGCCUCCAGCAACAACAUUCCGGCGGACAUUCAUUCACCAGCAAGUUCACCACUCAAUUCCCAGUCGUCAGCAGAGAAGGCAAUAACUCCUUCAGCUGUUCUGAUGUCAACAGUGUCACUCCUCUUGACAUUGGUUUUGGGAGGAUUCGUUAUUUCACCUUAGGGAAUUAUUUGACAUAGAUAUUAUUAUAGUAUAAACACUUUGUUCUGUUUCCGGGUUAUUACUUAAUUUUGUUUUCUUCUUCUUUUUUGUUAGUUAUUUUUGAUUUCUUGAAUUACAGGUGGGUUGGGUGUUUAGAUAAACAAGAGUGUGCUUAAUUGUUAUCUUUAUUUUUUUCCUGUGUCACAUAAAUCUUUCAUGUAUGAGAGUAUAUAGCUAUUU